CCAUUUUUCAUUUGCCUCUUGGUAGCCAUGGUUCUCCAAACAAACAAUAUUCCUCACUUUGUAUUAUUCCCCAUGAUGGCUCAAGGUCACAUCAUCCCCAUGAUGGACAUUGCAAGAAUAUUGGCACAGCGUGGUGUGAUCAUCACCGUAUUCACAACCCCAAAAAAUGCAUCACGUUUCAAUUCGGUCAUAUCUCGAGCUGUUUCAUCAGGCCUCAAAAUCCGUUUAGUACAACUAAAUUUUCCAUCAAAAGAAGCAGGACUACGCGAAGGGUGUGAGAAUUUGGACAUGGUCUCAUCAAAUGAUAUGUCCAAAAUUUUCCAAGUCAUCCACAUGCUCCAAAAGCCAGCAGAGGAGUUCUUUCAGACACUUACCCCUAAACCAAGUUGCAUAAUCUCUGACUUCUGCAUCGCUUGGACCCUUCAAUUAGCUGAAAAGUAUCACAUUCCAAGGGUUUCUUUCCACGGAUUUUCUUGCUUUUGCCUCCACUGCCGGUACGUGAUACAUACUUCAGAUUUUUGUAGAAGCAUCACCUCAGAAUCCAAAUAUUUCACUAUUCCCGGCAUACCCGACAAAAUUCAAGUUACCAAAGAGCAGUUACCAGGAUCACUUGCCACUGAUUUGGAUGACUUUAAAGACCAGGUGCGUGAUGCUGAAAAAAAGUCUUAUGGGGUUAUCGUAAAUACUUGAAGAGUUGGAGAAGGCAUAUGUGAGGGAUCAAGAAGGUUAAAUAAUAAGGCGUGGUUCAUUGGUCCAGUUUCGUUAUGUAACAAAGAUGGUUUGGAUAAGGCUCAAAGAGGCAAACAGGCCUCAAUUAAUGAGAACCAUUGCUUGAAGUGGCUAGAUGUUCAGCAAGCCAAGUCUGUGGUCUAUGUUUGUUUUGGAAGCAUAUGCAACUUGAUUCCUUCACAGCUUGUGGAGUUGGCCUUGGCCUUGGAAGAUACAAAAAGGCCAUUCGUAUGGGUUAUUAGGGAGGGAAGCCAGUUGCAAGAACUGGAAAAGUGGUUCUCUGAAGAAGGGUUUGAGGAAAGGACAAAAGGGAGAGGCCUUAUAAUUGGAGGUUGGGCACCACAAGUAAUGAUAUUAUCACACCCUUCCAUUGGAGGAUUCUUAACACACUGCGGUUGGAAUUCAACACUUGAAGGGAUAUGUGCUGGAGUGCCACUUGUUACCUGGCCUCUGUUUGGUGAUCAGUUUUUAAACGAAAAGCUUGUUAGUGAUGUGUUGAGGAUUGGGGUGAGCGUUGGGGCAGAGGUUCCAUUGAAGUGGGGAGAAGAAGAGAAGAGAGGUGUGAUGGUGAAGAAGGAUGAUAUUAAGAGGGCAAUAUGCAUGGUGAUGGAUGAUGAUGAAGAAGGCAAAGAGAGAAGAGAAAGGGUAUGCAAAUUGAGCGAAAUGGGAAAGAGAGCUGUUGAAGAAGGAGGCUCUUCUCAUCUUGAUGUCACUUUACUUAUCCAAGACAUCAUGCAACAAACAAAUACCAAAGAGGAUGAAAAUUUGAGUGACGUUUGAAGAUUCUCGAUUCUCAUGUUGACGUAUUCCUUUCAUUUUUUUUUAGUUUAUAUUGUUGGAAAUCCAAGUUUUUUUAGUUUAUAUAGUUGGAUAUCCAAGUUUUAUAGUGUAUAAAACAUGACUAUUAUAUAAAAAUUAAAGAUUUAUUAACUUAUUAUC